AUGACUGACUUCGAAUUGGAGGGAUUUCACUCUUUAUUGAAGAAAGGACCCAAGAAUCCGCAUCCAUCUGAUGGAUUCGUUAGCGGAAGCUCGGAGACACGGGAGAAUAAAAAGAUGAAAGCAAAGGCUCGAUUUGGAGACUAUGAGGAUACGGUAGCGAAAAGUGACACCCAAAAAAAGAUGCAAUAUAAUCCAAAGAAGAAAGAAAAACAGCGAACAUUUGGAGACUAUGAAGACACAAUUUCAGAAAUGGAUUUAAAGAAAAAGGGAAAGCCUAGUCACAAAGAAGCACAAAGUAAAGAUUCGAAGCUCGAGUUUGGGGACUAUGAGGAGAAUGUAUCAAGAAUUGAUCUUCAGAAAGCUCACAAGUACUCUGGGCGAAAAGGAGGAUCAAGUGAAUCACGACAACGAGAGCAAAAACCUCUAGAUUUGAAUGAAAAGAAGCAAAACUUGGAACUGAUUUCGGAGUUCGUUCCGAUUGGGCAUGAUACAAGUGCCAAGCAACGCUUGCGGACUGGAGUUCAUAAGAAAAAAUUCCGUGGUUGGACAAUUCAAUGGGAUCGAAUUAGA